ACAAAAGGAAAAAAAAAGAAAUGGAUUUAAAAGGCCCUAACGGCUAGUAAACCAAGUUGUGGCCUCUGGGAGAAUGGAAGUAGGACGGCAAUGCCAUUCAUGGAAACUCAAUGUACAGGCCAAGGCCAAGAACUUGGAUUUCAAAUUGGUAGCCUCCAACUUUUUACCCAAGUGCAAGUUUUUCCCAUUCUCUCUCAAGUUCAAGUACUGCAGAUUCUUGAUCCAUCUUAAAUCUGAAACACCCACCUCUCCAAAUCCCCAGAAAUCAAAAUCCUUGAAAUCGAAACUCCAUCGAUUUUUUGAAAGACUCCGUAUUCGAAGACGUUCCAAGAACAAUAGUAGAGCGAUCAGUUCCAAACCAAAGAACAAGGCAACGAUAUCUCAGAGUUCAGUGGUUGUAGGAAACCUAGCCCUCUUCAUUCAAUCACUGUAUCAACGGGACAAAGAUGGAAUCUUUAAACUUGGUUCUAUUGUCUUUAUUUGCUUUGCUUCCAUAUUUAAGAGUUUCAUGGCAAGAAAAGCUUGGAUAUUGUUAGUUUUUUUAAUUGGUGCCAUAGUUUUUUGCUCAAAUGUGAUGCAUCUCAGAUUCAGUAGUAGCCUCUUUGAUCAUCACUGUCUGUCAAGAUUCUUUUGGAGCUCUUUCAAAAAUGCUGCCUCUUCUGGCUGUUUAUAUCUACUCUCUCAGGUGCUUACUGCUAUAUCUAGAAUAAUAUGACUUUCGCAGUGUCCUAUGGGGUGGAAUUCAGAAUCAUUAAAGCGGAAACUGUUUAUUCGUUGAAUAUUAUCGUAUAGUGUCAAACUUACAUUUGAAUUUGUAUUGAACGUGGUCCAUUUGGCAGUUCUGUUAGAAUUUUCAAAGUCAAAUUAAAUUGUCCUCUUUGUCA